AUGAGUGGACUUGGAUUUAAGGUGGGCGCAUUGCUCUUACGUACAAUAGCCAAACCAAUUGCUAAUGCUAUAAAGAGACAAGCAAAGGAACAUGAAGGAGUUAAAAAAGCGUGUAUAUCCAUAGCUCAAACUGUUCAUGAAACAGAUAUCAAAUUAAGAAUGAGAUUGUUGGGUGAAACAAGAAUCAAGAUUCGUCCACUUAAUGAAAAGGCAGCCUUAGAUCUAAUGGGGAAUAUCAUAUCUGAAGGGUUCCUAUUUUUUGUGGCCGGUUCUUUGAUAGUUUACGAAGUGAAGUCGAGGAAACUGGCUUCAGAUCAACGAUCUUCAAUUGCUGAAGAUAUAGAAUCCUUGCGAGCUGAAUUGAAUAAAAUUGCCAGUAAAAUGGAUGUCAUGGAUUCGAAACUCACACAUGUUGUUUACGAUGACCAAAUUAGUCCCAAACUUCUUAAGCCUCAUAAGAUUACACCACCUCCAUCACCUGUUCCACAAGAAACAUCAGUGGUCAAAUAG